CCCCCUGUCAGUCCUGCCAAUCUCUCCCUAACAGGCCGAUGCGCCCGCGCUAACCCGUUGCGCCCCAGCAGCCGACCAGAUGCAGUCCUCGCCCACCUUUUGUGCCUCUUGAGCGCCUGCCCCCCCCUGUUCGCACAUCCCGUCCCUCGCUCUCUCUUCAUCACUCCCUCACCUGCAUCCACUCGCUCCCUCUUUGACUUUUGACUUUCCCCCCCAGAGACUUUAUUGUCUACUACACCUUCUCUCUCGUCGCGACCAAGUGUGCCCUCCUUACGACGCUGGUUCUUCACGCUCUUUGACAGACCGCCAUCCUUUGAUUGAAAUUCAUCUUCUUCUUCAUUUUACCAUUCAUUCUUCCCACCCCGUUGUCCUCACCCGCUGCGCGAAAGGACAGGAGAACCCACAGAAACAAAACACGAAACACCCAAACAGAUCGUCCACCAGAUUCCACGAAACAUUGUCCCACUGCACUCGACAGCUUGGUCAACGACAACACCAGGAAAAAAAAUUCAUUGUCGUUUUUCCAGUCACCUUGUUUCGCAGUCACCAGUCAAGUCCGACUCUAGCUUCGACUCGACCGUUGGUUACACCACGCGAUCCUACGUUGCAAGCUCGUGAUACCAGUCACCAGCCUAUUUCUCUUUAUACUCACACAGCGCUGCGACAUACGACAUACGACACUCUCUUCGUCACCUGUUGCCCUGCAUCCAUCCCCUCUGCUCUCCCUUUAGUACAGUGCUCCCGCCAAUUUAUCCGCGGCCUCCACCCCGCAUCACUACUGCACCCUAUCUGUUCAAACACCCAACGAGAGCCCUUCUCGCCAAUCCACUGCCGGCACUGGCACCGAACUACCGCCCUAUCUUUAACUACCCGCAAUAUACUGUAAAUCUAUCCACCAUUAAUUUACAUUAUGUCGCUCGCACGCGGUCUGACCCAGCGCAUCAAGCGGAGAGACUCUCCGUCCGACUCGUCGCCACCAACCCGCAGCCAAAGUGUAAAGGCACCUGGCCUCCAAAUUGACCGUGCCAAAAUCUCCGGUCCGGUCGCUCUGGUAUCAACUACAAACAUGCUGUCCUACAACGCUCCCGACAUCACUCCCAUUCACACCGCAUUCUCCUCCAAAUCAUCAAAUCACUCCGCCGAUGACUCCGACCACAGCUUCUCCACUCGCUCCAGGGCCUCGUCUCACGCUUCACGGGAUACCUUGACCGAUGCAUCCUCCGUCAGUUCUUCGCCGACCUCGCCAGCGCCCAACCACCUCUCUGGUUACUUCGCGGCUGCCAAUAAGCACCCGCGCAAGUCAGCUUCAUCCGGUAAUCUGCAACAGCUCAAGGAAACCAAGGAAGAGGAGCCCGUGAUACCAACUGUCCCUGCCGUCCCGGAGAGAGCUCUGUCUCACAGCAAGCGUGCCCAUGAACGCAUGGCUCAGAAGAAGUCUCUACAGAACCUCUCGAGAAACAGCUCCACCCGGUCAUCACGAGAGCAACGGAGAUCCAUCGACAUGUUCCGAGCAACCAUUGAAGAAGAGCAGCACCCCUUCGGCAAAGAGCUCGAACAGCUCAACGAGGUUGCCGAGGAAUUCACUGGAGUCGUUCGCGACGCUGAAGCCGAGGCUGAUAUUGCUCUCAUCCGCAACCGUAACCUUGCCAUGUUCUGCGCCGCUGACUACUUGGCCGUGAUCCAACCUUUGUCCAGCACAAGGUUUGGGCAAUCAACCGCUCCCCUCGCCUGGAUAUGA